AUGGUUCACAGAGCCCGGCUUUGGCUGCUGGCCGCGCUGCCGCUGCAAUGCACGGGGCUCUUCUUUGAGCUCAAGGCGAAAAGUGCCGGGCCAGCUGAAUGCUUCAAGGCGACGCCUGGGCAUGGGCACAGCCUGCAUGGAAGCUAUGAAGCUGAUGGGCCAAAUGAGGGUGUUCUGGUUACCUUGACCAGCGGCUCCGGCAAGGAGCUAUUUAGAAAUGCCAAUCCUUCUGGCCGAUUCAGCAUUGAGGUUAUGGAAGAACUGCCUCACAGACUUUGUUUCGAGAGCUCUGUGGAGGAAAGUCAGAUGGUGAGUUUCAACUUCCAUGUGGAUGAACACGGCGAUGGUACCGAUCAUCAUGACAAGGAGCACAUGGAGUACGUUACGAAGGAACACACAGACAAGGUCGAGGAGCUGGUCGCCAAACUGGAGGCUAAAGCCAAUGACAUCCUCGACCAGCAACAGUACGCAAUCACCCGCGAGGCUGUGCACCGAGAGACGGCUGAAUCCACCAACGCACGCGUGAUGUGGUGGACCCUUGCAGAAGUGGCUGUCCUGAUCAGUCUGGCGGCUUUCCAGGUCUCCUACCUCCGCUCGCACUUUGAGGUGAAGCAAAUUGUGUAG